AUGUGCUGGCUCCGGUCUGUCGAGAAGAUCUCCCAUUCCGUAUCGGCGUAUCCAUUUUCCCCGCGAAGAUUGUGGUCUGCGUGCAACGUCCAAUACGUCGGAGCUGCAUGUAAUUCACAACGUAAUUGUAGAACGUUAACACAUAAAAUGAACGUUACGCGUAUCGAUUUAAACCAACUGAAAAACGCGGGAAAACUUUGGUAUCUCGUUAACCCUUACGAAACAACCUUCGAAUUUCCGCAUCAAGUGCCUGAUUAUCAACAGCAGAUAUGGCUUCCAUUUUUCGUUCUUAUUAUAUUGGAACAAAUUAUACUGAUGUCCAAGAAACAGAGGUUUCGUUUGAACGAUCAAGUGACAUCUUUAUCCCAUUGGGUAUUCCAAGAAACUGGCCGUAUUCUUUUCCGUGGUGCUGAAUAUUAUACUUACAUCGUAAUUUACGAGAGAUAUCACUGGCGGAGUCUGGCUUGGAACUCGAUAUGGACUUGGUGUAUCACUGCCGUGGGGGUGGAUUUCUGUUACUAUUGGGUUCACCGCAGUAACCACGAGGUACACUUUUUAUGGUCUCACCAUCAAGUACAUCAUAGCAGUGAGGAGUUCAACCUCGCGGUUGGUCUGCGACAAUCCGUCUUCCAACACUGGUGUAAUUUCAUGUUUUAUUUACCUCUUGCAUUUUUUAUACCCCCGUCGCAUUUCAUCGCACAUAAUCAGUUCAAUUUAAUUUACCAACUAUGGAUUCAUACGACCGUUAUCGACGAUCUUGGACCAUUGGAAUUCAUAUUUAACACACCAAAACACCAUCGGGUUCACCAUGGUUGCAAUUUAUAUUGCCUGGAUAAAAAUUACGGUGGAGUUCUUAUCAUAUGGGAUAGAUUAUUUGGAACAUUUAUGGAAGAGAGAAACAAAGAUGAAAUAAUCUACGGUUUAGUUGUUAGUCCUCAGUCUUUCAAUCCAUUGUAUUUACAGACAUUUUAUUUUAUACAAAUGAUUCAAAAAAGCUCAUGGAUGUCAUCUUUGACAGACAAGUUAGCUGUUAUCUGGAAAGGCCCUAGUUGGUUUCCAGGUGGACCACGGUUGGGUCUUGACGAAUUUAAAAUAAAUGUAACAUCUAGAGUUAAAUAUGAUAAGUAUAUACCAUUCUGGCAAAACCUGUACAUAAUUGUGCAUUUUUGCCUGGUCUUGUACCAUCAUCUCCAGCUGUACGAUGAAACACAGGAUUUAAAAACUAUAUCUUGUGGACUUAUGAUUAUUAAUAACUUGUUUGCUGCAACCACGAUUGGUCUGUUAUUCGACAAGUCGACUUACGGUGGCAUCGUAGAAUUCAUACGAUGUGUAAUUUACUUAUAUCUUUCGACGAUGUAUAAUUUAACAAAUGUAUGCAUAUAUUACGUGUACGUAGUGUCAUGUUGCAUUUGGAUGUUAUAUUUUCUUUGUAAAAUAAGAAUAUGGUAGAAAAAAUUGAGAUAAUUUUAUAAAGUCAUGAAAGUAACUGUCUA